AUGAGUGACACCACGCUCGCUUUUAUUGAUUGCUCUGCAGGUAUUGCGGGUGAUAUGCUCCUGGGUGCACUGAUUGAUGCGGGUGCUCCAUUGGAUGAAAUCAAGCGCGGUCUCGAGUCAUUGCAUGGAAUUAAAGGAGAGUGGCAGUUGAGCAUCACCAAAGUGUGGAAAGGACCCGGGAGCAUUGCGGGGACCAAAGCAAAUGUUGGCUCUAUCUACCAACAUAAAGAGGUAGUUCCACCCACUCCGGACAGUGCUCAUCAACAUGAUUACGGACAUAGCCAUAGCCAUAGUCAUGGACGUGGUCAUAGUCAUAGUCAUGGAGACAUUCACGUUUAUGAAGAUAAGGGGAAAAAGGAGGUGGAAGAUCGACCCGAUGAAAGUCAUGACCAUAUUCAUGACCAUGACCAUGACCACACUCAGACUGGAAAGGAUGGAGAACCCUUGCGAAACUUGAACGAUAUUAAAGCUCUUAUUGCGGAGAGUGAACUGUCAGAUUGGGUGAAGGAAAAGAGUGUUGCAGUUUUCACGUUGCUGGCGCAGGCGGAAGCACACACUCAUGGAUCGUCGCUGGAUGAAAUUCACUUUCACGAAGUGGGGGCGAUUGACAGUAUUAUCGAUACCAUUGGCUCUGUGCUUGCACUCGAUCUGCUUGGUGUACGAGAGGUGCAUGCAUCAUUCCUGCCCUUCUCUUCGGGAACUGUCAAAUGCAUGCAUGGAGUUUUGCCGGUUCCACCGCCAGCUACGUUCCGAUUGAUGAUUGGUGUACCUGUGUGCCCAGCGCCGAAGGGAGCGAAAGGUGAGCUGGUCACGCCCACGGGAAUUAGUCUUAUAAAGGCAUUGGCGUCUACGUUUGGCGAGCCUCCCACGUUCAUUCCCACGCACACUGGUACAGGUGCUGGUACAAAGGAGUUCCCGGAGCACGCCAACAUCGUCCGCGUUGCCAUUGGCACGAAGAUCGACUCCAUGGCUUUCAAGAAGAGCUAUGUCAAUCCUGCUGUCGCCACUUCAAGGUCUGCCGAUCUCGUGUGUCAUCAUCCUUACACGACAGAGAAAGUCAUCGUUCUUGAGACCAACAUGGAUGAUUUGAACCCGCAGGUAAUCGGCUACGUCUUUGAAAGGCUGUUGUCGGUAUACCACGCGCUUGACGUAUGGAAGCAGUCCAUACAGAUGAAGAAAAAUCGCCCUGGUGUGUGCCUCAGCAUUUUGUGUCGCGCUGAACACGAAGAAGAGAUCGUAGAGAUGCUCUUUCGCGAAACCACGACACUCGGUAUCCGCCGCAAUGUGAUAGAGCGCGUCUACUUAUCUCGCAACUUUGUGUCUGUUCCCGCUUUUGAGAGCUCCGUAAACGUGAAAGUUGCAUUUCUGGGCAAUGAAAUUGUGAACGUGCACCCAGAGUUUAAAGACUGCCAGGCAAUUGCGGUGGAACAGAACAUACCUUUAUUACAGGUGAUUGACGAGGUAAAAUCUCUUGCUCUUUCUCACAUCGACGCACAGCCACCACAAUAA